CAUUCACUGCAUGUGCUAGCCUAGGUCAUGAAGCGGCGGGACGCAGAGCAAAUAACUCAGGCCAAGAGGGUUCGUUUGAAUGGCGACCGUUCAUCAGUUGCAAUUGCAAGUGAAGGCAAAGCCGCGGGUCUCUACAGACCACCAACUGCCGACGAACUCAACCAUCUGAAAGAAGCGGAAACUUUGUUUAAAUCAAAUUUAUUUCGCAUGCAGAUAACUGAAUUGUUGGCUGAAACUGGAAUCAAAGAAAAACGGGUGAAGUUAAUAGAACCAGUGAUUCACAGCAUUCGAGAUGUGAUUACCAACAUUCCUGUGCUACACGAUAUUGAAUUGUCUGAUGCGCCAUCAAAUUUGAUGUUUGAUGGAGAUGUUCACAUUCCUUUGAUGUGGAAGAGUUUAGUUCUAAAGGGGAGUAUGUCUUUGUCUCCUCCAAGCAGUGUUCGUGUCAUUGGCAGCUUUCUUCUGAGAACACAGUGCAAACCAAAUAUUAAUGUUGACUUGGCUGUUGAGAUUCCACGGACGUGUGUUCAUGAGAAGGAUUAUAUGAAUCACUUGUAUUUUGCUAAAAGAGCUGUUUACUUGGGAUACUUGGCAUCACAUUUGCAGCAGCGUUCAGAAGUGGUUCGUAGUGCAAGUUAUGUGAUUGUGGACGGAGACAGACUAAGGCCAGUGCUGCAACUUGAACUGGCAGGAAAGGUUGGGAAAGUAUGUAACAUUCGAAUUUGGCCAGCACUUUCAGAUGGUGUGUUUAAACUUAACAAACUUGGCCCUACUAGAAACAAUGUCAGACCAGGAAAGUUUUGUUUAACAGAACAUUCAUUUGGAAAUGGAUGGAUGCCUGCAACUCCUCACUAUAAUUCUUCUGUUUUGAUGGACAUGUCAUUUGAUAGACAUCUGAGGUUGCUGUAUGAAGCGUGUUCGGAUUGCCUGGCAAUGAGAGAUGCUAUUUUGUUGCUGAAAGUUUGGAUGCAGCAGAGAGGACUUAGUCAGGGCUUGAGUGGUUUUUCUGGAUUUAUUGUCUCUAUGCUAACUGCCCAUCUGCUGAGAUGCAAGAAACUAAAUCAUCUCAUGAGCAGCUACCAGAUCUUAAGAGUAGUCAUGAAGUUUUUAGCAUCAACAGACUGGUCAGUAAGUGGAAUAUCAAUGGUAGACACUGCAGAAAACGAUAAACUGCCUUUAUUGGAUGAUUUUCAACAAGUUUUUGAAGUUGUGUUUGUUGACACGUCUGGCUUUUUAAAUUUGUGUAGUGGUCUAACGAAACUCACUUAUUACAAUGUUCGAAAUGAGGCUCAGGUGGCUCUUCAACUUCUUGAUAGUUCGGCUGUUGAUGGAUUUGAGGCAUUGUUUAUGAUGCAAGUGAAGUUUUCAAUGAAAUUUGAGCAGCUAUUUUAUGUUCCUGUCUCAGCUUUUCUUUCAUUGGGUAAAUCAGAAGACACACUAAGCUUUGUCAUUGAUUACGGAGGAGAUUGGUUGAAUGCUGCCAUUCGAUAUAUUAGUUCCUUGUUAGUAAAGGGCUUGAGCAACAGAAUUGAGUUAUUGGCGUGCAAACUCCAUGUUCCCACACAAUGGUCUGUGACAGAGAAAUGUCCUGCUGAUACAAGUGGUUUUGUCACCUUUGGUCUUGUUCUCAAUUCAGACCAUGCAUUUUCACUGUUAGACAAAGGACCAGCUGCUGAUGAUCAGAAGGCUGGGGAUUUUCGUUUGUUUUGGGGAAAGAAAGCAGAGCUGCGACGUUUUCAAGAUGGCUCUAUAACUGAAGCAGUCAUUUGGCCAUGUGAUAGUCAGGCAGAGAAACGACUUAUCUGCAGUCGUAUUGUCAAGUACCUCUUAGAAAAAUAUGCGAGCAUUGACUCAUUGACUGUCAUGUAUGUGGCAGAUCAACUGGACUGUCUCCUCGUGCCUCACAGAUCUUCAUUCGAACAUUCUCAAAAAGGCACCGGUGAGGAAAAGAGUGUCAGUGUUCUCAAGGCAUAUGAGUCUCUGACAAAGGAUAUGAGGAGACUGACAGACCUUCCACUAGGCAUUCAUUCUAUACAAGGAACAAGUCCAGCGUUUAGAGAGACAGAAGUGUUUCCUCCAAUUCCAUGUGGUUUUUUCGGACAUGGAGUUGGGCUAAGUGAGAGAACCUUGUCAUUGGGAAAAGUGAUGGUUCCUGCUCAGAGUAGAAACAAGGGAAUUCCUUCUUGGAUGCAACCAUUGAAAGUUGUCUGCCACUUGGAAGGAAGUGGCAAAUGGCCAGAUGAUAUUACAGCCUUGCAGAAAAUCAAAACUGCUUUUUACCUCAAAUUAGCUGAAUUGCUGCAGAAAAAGUGCCGACUGACUGCGAUUCCAACAGAACAGUGUGCUUUUGUUAGGAAGCUUGGUUAUGUCUUCCAGCUGUGUGUGGCAACUGAUCGCGAAACUUUGCUGUUGAGGAGUAUAAUACCUUCCUUGUCAGGUUUGACAAGAGAAGAAAGAGUUGCUCAAGCCGAGAAGCUUGAGUUGGAAAAUGUCCAUUUGCCCUUAUUGACAAGCACUCUCAGAGGAUUGGAGAUGCAGCAUCCUUCAUUUAGUCUAACCGCUCGGUUGGCUAAACGUUGGAUUUCGUCUCAACUCUUGGCACAAGAUAUUAGUGAUGAAUGUGUAGAACUGCUGGUGGCUUAUCUCUAUCUUUCUCCAUCUCCUUAUCAGGCACCUGGAUCUUCUUUGUGUGGUUUUCAACGAUUUCUAUCUUUGUUAUGUCAUCAUGACUGGACAAGUAAUGCACUCAUGGUCAACCUCAACAGUGAAUUCACAAAUGAGGAUUAUCAGGCAAUAUCUGCUGUGUUUUCAUCUCAACGUUCUCAUUUGCCUGCAAUGUUUAUUUCGACUCCAAGAAACAAGGAGAAGUCAAUAUGGACACAAGACGGUCCGUCAGUUAAGAUUUUGACGAGGCUUGUUAUUCUUGCCAAAGAGUCUCUAGAUUUCCUGGAGAAGCAACUUACGGACUGUGCAAACAUUGAAGUUGACUUUAAGACGAUAUUUCGACCUUCAUUAGAAGACUAUGAUGUUGUCAUUUGGUUAAAGAGUGAAUUUCUCCCUCGUAUUGGAUGUUCUGUGGAUGAAGUAAAUGGAACGAGUUCCAAGAGUAAAUCAGGUCUUGCACAGAAAGAUUGCCUUCCAGUAACAGGCUUCAACCCAGCCACAAGCUACCUGAUGGACCUGAAGGUGUGCAUGAAUGAGUAUGAAGAUGUGGCCUUGUUCUUCCAUGAUGUAUAUGGAGGCCAGUUUAUAGCUGUUGUAUGGAAACCAUCAACCUUACAGCAAGAACCUUUCAAGUUGGGUUGUGCUGGUGGACGAGUGCCAAUCAAAAAGUGUGGCAAGAAGAAGCAACAGAUGAAGACACUCACAUCACUUAAUACAGACGCAAUCAUUGAAGACUUCCGAAUAAUGGGAAAAGGUUUAGUUUGUUCUGUAGAUGUAUUAAAAAGUAAAACUGCAAUGGUCAGUACAGUACCAUUAUAA